CCUUCUCUCCUUCACAUCCCUAACCAGAUACCCACCAAAUGGUCGCCCUCGUGGCCACCUUGAUGGUGUCAACCAUGUCGGCCCUGUCGGCUAUGGCGCAGGGAGGUGCUCCACCCUCUGAUCCCUCGCCAUCCCCCGCGCCAGCCCCACCACCACCAGCAGAAGAACAGGAACGCUUCUCAUCCCUAGCCCUCUUCCUCGUUCUGUCCCUCCUCAUCUUCUCCUUCUUCGCCAGCUACUACCUGCGUGUCAAGCGCAUUACCGCUAUUCACGAGACCAUUGUGGGCCUCUUCGCCGGCAUGCUCAUCGGCGCCGUGCUGCGUAUCGGACCAGGCCAGCAGGUGCAGCAGAUGCUCAGCUUCAGCAACACGAUCAUGCUCAACGUACUCCUCCCACCCAUCAUCCUGGCCAGCGGCUAUGAUCUGAGGCAGGAGUCCUUCUUCCGCAACUUUGGCAUCAUCCUCGCCUUCGCCUUUGCGGGCACCUUCAUAUCAGCAAUCGUCAUCGGCGUCCUCGUCUACCUGUGGUCCCUCGCAGACUUCACCAUCUCACUGAGCAUCUUAGAGUGCCUCAUCUUCGGCUCUACGCUGAGCGCUACCGAUCCAGUGACGAUCUUGUCCAUCUUCAACUCGAAGAAGGUGGACCCAACGCUUUACAGCAUCAUCUUCGGCGAGUCGCUCCUCAACGAUGCCGUCUCCAUCGUCAUGUUCGACACCCUCUCCACCUUUCGCGGUCAGAGCAUCGGAGUCUACUCCAUAUUUCAUGGAUUUGGGCUCUUCCUCGUCGUCUUCUCCGUCUCUAUGGCACUAGGCGUAGCCUUUGGCCUGGCAUGCUCCCUCAUGCUCAAGCACAGCAGGCUGGCCAUUUACCCUCAACUCGAGUCGAGCUUGGUGGCCUUGAUUGCCUACACGAGCUACUUCUUCAGCAAUGCAGUCACCAUGAGUGGGAUCGUCUCGCUCCUCUUCUGCGGUAUCACACUCAAGCACUACGCCUACCAUAACAUGUCGCGUCGCACGCAGCGGGCCACGCGCUACACCUUUCAGACCCUGGCCAGCCUUUCGGAGAAUUUCAUCUUCAUCUACCUGGGGCUCAGCUUGUUCACGCAGGAGAAUCUGGUCUUCAAGCCACUCUUCAUCGUCGUUACGGUGGCAAGCGUCGUCUUCUCCCGCUACGCCGCCGUGUUCCCCAUCGCGAGCCUCAUCAACCUUCUGCGCCGUGUCCGCAACCAACGAAGGGCGCGCCGCACAGGCGGAGGCUCAGUGCCCCGAACAGGAAGGGAAGACGAGCUCAGCCGCGAGUAUCAGAUCAUGCUCUUCUGGGCUGGACUGCGAGGGGCCGUCGGCUUUGCGCUCUCUGCAGGUAUUGAGGGCAAGAAUGCCCCAGCACUCCAGACGACAGUGCUGGUCACUAUCGUGCUUACCUUGAUCGCCUUCGGGGGCACGACGGGCCAAAUGUUGGACGUGCUGGGCAUCAGGACUGGUGUGCAGGACGAUGAGGGCGAGUCGAGCGAUGAAGAGGGAGUGGACGCCGAUCAUUUUGGCAUGGGCGCUCAUCGACGCUCUGCUGGUAGAGGGCAGGGAAGGCGACAAGCCAAGCGUGGUGGCGGACGCGGCUCCUCGUCAGCAUACAGAGAUGACGAGCAGGGCUUCCUCUCCGGUGCAACGAACAAGUCUCGCUCUGGUGGAGGGCAGGCAUCGCGCUACUCGUACGACGAAGACGCGUCAGAGACCAACGAGUUCUCACCGCCGGAUCGUAGGGGCGCUAAUGGCGGCAGCAGGAGUGCGAUGAUGCCCAUGAGUGGGCAAGGCUCGAGACAGAGCUACGAGUUCAGCCCGGAAGAGGAGGACGACGACGACGGCAUUCCGUCGACAGCCCCACCGGGCACCGUCCUAGAUGCCACCUCCUUCCUAGGCUCCAACCGAGCGUCAGGAAGCGCCCGUGCUCUCUUGGAGCGUGGCGCUCUCAUCAUGCGCGACGGGCAAUGGUUCCAACGCAUCGAUGAUCGGUACCUCAAGCCGUACUUUUCGAACGCGGUUGCCUCUCGCAAGCAUGAGGAGAGACGGAGCGCACGGGCGGCGAGCCGAUCUUGGCAGCAGAGCCAAGAGCAGGGCGAAGGAGAGGAGGGAGGAACAGGUGAAGGAGGCACAGCUGCGUUGUGGGAGGCAGAAGCUGCUGCGAGGGAGCCCGAUGCGGAAAUCUUUUCGGGGCCGUUGGAUGAGGAAGACGAUGGUGCGGUGCGUAAUCUUGGGGCAAGAGAUGGAUCAAGAGCCACUACGCCUGUUGGUAAUGGGAAUGGGAGGACAACACCACGUAGUCGGUCUUCGAUGGGUUACCACCACAGUGCGCAGGGCAGCUCGUCGAGUGGGAUUGGAGGAGCCUUUGCGCCAUGAGCUGAGGACUUAGAUGGGCACUGCGGCGUGCCGCAGACACAAUGUUGAUACACAAGCACGAAUGCAAUCGUCGUGGUCGUCGAGCUGCAGCGACGCAAUGAGAGCAAGUGAAGUGCG